AUGAAUAGAGCUCAACGAAUACUGCAAAUAGUAAACAAAAAAGAAGAAAACAUAGCUGACACCUUAGUCAAACUUUCACAAAAACAUGAUGAGCAUUCAAAGCUAUGGGCCUCCCAACAACUACUACAACAAAUAGAAAUCAAGUCAAAAGAAGAAAACUAUACCAUUGACAACUUCACAAUAGAUAAUACUAUUACUAUUGGAACAUAUAAUGUUAGAGGCAUUAAUACUAGUCUUGAGCAACAAAGACUAUUUAGACUCAUACAAGAUCUUGAUAUAGAUAUCCUAGAGAUCUAUAAAACUAAGCUAACAGAAGAAACAGCUUGGCAAGAACUUGAAACCAUAAUUAUUAAGGGUAUAUACAGGUGUCUCAAGAAGAAAAGAAUAUAUUUCACUUUCAACAAAAGAAAAGAAGUUAAGAUGGAAUCAAUAAUCCAAAAGAAGGAUUUUGAAGCAUACAGAGAAGCCAACAAGAUUCCCUUUCUUCUAAAAAAAUUUCAAGUUAACUGGGAUAUGAAGACCAUGGAAGACAUGAAAAAUAUAGAGAAGACCAUUUAG